AAAAAGAAAGAGAAGUCCACAAAGAAACUAGUUUCAACAACCACCACAUUCCAUCUUACAGUAUUUCCCACCAUUAUCAAAAACCUCCUUCUUCCCUUCUUUCUUCUUAGAGGAUUUUGAUUUAGGGUUUUUUCAAAAGCAAAAAAAAAAAGAAAAGAGAGAGAGUAGCAAAUUAAGAAAUGCAGAUAGCGGGCGUAGCAACUGAGGUAUUGAUAGCCAUCCCUUCAGCUGGAACCCUCAAUUUCAGACACUUCCAUCCCAAUCAUUUCUUCCUCUCUUCUCCUUUCUUCAAAAGAUGUCCCACGUUAUGCAUUCCAAAGCUAGGAAUGGUCCCCGAUAAGUACCGAGGAGGAAGAUGCUUAACUAUGAGAGCCUCGGGGGAGUCAGGUGAUAAUUUAUCACCAAUUGCUCCUGUAGAAUUUGAAUCUCCGGUUGGCCAGCUUUUGGCACAAAUAUUGAGAACUCAUCCUCAUUUAUUGCCUGCGGCUGUUGAUCAACAGCUCGAUAACCUUCAGAGUGAUAAAAAUGACCAGACAGAAGAAACUCCACAAUCUCAAGAUCUCCUCUACAAGAGAAUAGCUGAAGUUAAAGAAAAGGAGAGACAGAAAACACUGGAGGAAAUCAUAUAUUGUUUGAUUGUACAGAAAUUUGUCGACAACGAGAUUUCAAUGAUUCCUAAGGUAACGGAAACUUCAGACCCUACUGGACGAGUGGACUUUUGGCCAAACCAGGAACAAAAACUGGAAUUUGUUCAUUCUCCUGAAGCAUUUGAAAUGAUUCAAAGCCACUUAUCCCUUGUGCUCGGAGACCGAAUGGUUGGUCCCCUAAGUACCAUUGUUCAAAUUAGCAAGAUCAAGCUUGGAAAGCUCUAUGCUGCUUCGAUAAUGUACGGAUAUUUCCUUAGAAGAGUCGAUCAACGGUUUCAACUCGAGAGAACAAUGAAAACCCUUCCCGAGGAUUUCACUAAAAGCCAAGCAAGAUUUGAAGAUCCUAAUCCAGGGAAGCAGCUUUGGGAUCCAGAUUCUUUGAUUAGAAUCCCACCCCACGAUGACGAUGAUGGAGGAGGAUACGGAGAUGCCGAAGGAAAACAAUAUAGACUGAGAUCUUACGUUAUGUAUUUGGAUUCCGAGACACUUCAGAGAUACGCAACUAUAAGAUCCAAAGAAGCUAUUUCGUUAAUUGAAAAGCAAACACAAGCACUAUUCGGGAGGCCUGACAUUCGAAUUCUCGAUGACGGUUCACUCGAUACUUCAAAUGAUGAAGUAGUUUCACUCACUUUCUCUGGGUUGACAAUGCUAGUGUUGGAAGCAGUGGCAUUUGGUUCAUUUUUAUGGGAUGCAGAGAGCUAUGUUGAAUCAAAGUACCAUUUUCUUAAGAGCUAAUCGGCACAAUUCGGGUGAUGAAUGGUGAAAAGUUGUUCUACCGCAUGAUAGUGUUGAUGGAAUAUGGUAUUGUAAGUUUGUACAAGUUGGGAAAAUGUAAACCAUACUGCUGAAAAAAAAGAAAAAAGAAAGAGAUACUAAUAGUGAAAACUCACAUUGUUAGAAACAUAUGUGAUAUUUGGACUUUAUCUUGCAGAGCUGCGUUGAUGAUUCAGAAA